UGGGGCGUGUUCGUUCUCUUCGAGUGUUGGCCGGGGUGGGAGUCUGGGCUUUAGGCAGUAAGUGGGGUCGGCGGACGGGGAUCCCGGGAGGAACGUGAGAAGGGUAGGGUCGGUGUUGGCGGCACGGCCUGAAGGAGAGUGAGGGUAGUAUUUAGUUUCACAAUGUUUGGGGACCUGUUUGAAGAGGACAGUGUAUCAAAUAAUCAGUACGGAAAAGGGAAGAAAUUAAAGACUAAAGCUUUGGAGCCACCUGCUCCUAGAGAAUUCACCAAUUUAUGUGGAAUCAGAAAUCAGGGCGGAACCUGUUACCUCAAUUCCCUUCUUCAGACUCUUCAUUUCACACCUGAAUUCAGAGAAGCUUUAUUUUCUCUUGGACCGGAGGAGCUUGGUUCAUUCGAAGAUAAGGAUAAACCUGAUGCAAAGGUUCGAAUCAUCCCUUUACAAUUACAGCGCUUGUUUGCUCAGCUUCUGCUCUUAGACCAGGAAGCUGCAUCCACAACAGACCUCACGGACAGCUUUGGAUGGACCAGCAAUGAGGAAAUGAGGCAACAUGAUGUUCAGGAACUCAAUCGAAUUCUCUUCAGUGCUUUGGAAACUUCUUUAGUCGGGACCUCUGGCCAUGACCUCAUUAGCCGUCUGUAUCACGGAACCAUUGUUAACCAGAUCGUUUGUAAAGAAUGCGACAACGUCAGUGAGAAGCAGGAAGACUUCUUAGAUCUAACAGUAGCGGUCAAAAAUGUAUCUGGUUUGGAAGAUGCGCUCUGGAACAUGUAUGUAGAAGAGGAAGUUUUUGACUACGACAAUUUAUACCACUGUGGAACUUGUGACAGGCUGGUUAAAGCAGCAAAGUCGGCCAAAUUACGUAAGCUGCCUCCCUUUCUUACUAUUUCAUUACUAAGAUUUAAUUUUGAUUUUGUGAAGUGUGAACGCUACAAGGAAACUAGCCGUUAUACAUUCCCUCUCCGGAUCAAUCUCAAGCCUUUUUGUGAACAGAGUGAAGUGGAUGACUUAGGAUAUAUAUAUGACCUCUUCUCAGUUAUUAUACAUAAAGGUGGCUGCUAUGGAGGACACUAUCAUGUGUAUAUUAAAGAUGUUGACCAUUUGGGAAACUGGCAAUUUCAAGAGGAAAAAAGUAAACCAGACGUGAAUUUGAAAAAUCUUCAGAAUGAAGAAGAGAUUGAUGAUCCAUUAGUGAUUCUUAGAGCAAUCUUAUUACAGGAGGAGAAUAAUCUAAUUCCAGUUGAUCAGCUGGGCCAGAAACUCUUGAAAAAGAUAGGAUUAUCUUGGAACAAGAAGUACAGAAAACAGCAUGGACCACUGCGAAAGUUCUUACAGCUCCAUUCUCAGAUAUUUCUUCUCAGUUCAGAUGAAAGUACAGUUAGUCUACUGAAGAACCAUUCUUUCCAGGCUGAGCCUGAUUUCCAAAGGAAUGAUCAAAAAAUUUUCAAGACUUGCACUUCAGAAGCCCCAGGAUUAAAUGAUAGUACCUGCUGUCCCCACUGGUUUGAUAUAAAUGAUUCCAAAGUUCAGCCAAUCAAGGAAGAGGAUAUUAAACAGCAAUUUCAGGGUAAAGAAAGUGCCUACAUGUUGUUUUAUCGAAAAUCACAGUUGCAGAGACCCCCUGAAGCUCGAGCUAAUCCAAGAUACAUGGUUCCAUGUCAUUUGCUGAAUGAAAUGGAUGCAGCCAACAUUGAACUGCAAACAAAAAGGGCAGAAUGUGAUUCUGCAAACAAUGAUUUUGAAUUGCAUCUUCACCUGGGCCCUCAAUAUCAUUUCUUCAAUGGGGCUCUACACCCAGUAGUCUCUCAAACAGAAAGCAUGUGGGAUUUGAUCUUUGAUAAAAGAAAAACUUUAGGAGAUCUCCGACAAUCCAUAUUUCAGCUGUUAGAAUUUUGGGAAGGAGACAUGGUUCUUAGUGUCGCAAAGCUUGUACCAGCAGGACUUCACCUUUAUCAGACACUUGAUGGAGAUGAACUGACACUGUGUGAAACUGAAAUUGCUGAUGGGGAAGACAUCUUUGUAUGGAAUGGGGUUGAGGUUGGCGGAGUCCAGAUUCAAACUGGUAUUGACUGCGAACCUCUGGUUUUAAAUGUUCUUCAUCUAGAAACAAGCAGGCAAGGAGAAAAUUGUCAGCAGUUGGUAGAAGCUCCACAUGUCUUUCCUUCUAACGCAGAAGUGGGCACUCUGUUCACAGCCUUAGCAAUGCCAGUAGGUGUCCUCCUCACAAGCAGUGCUGAGUCUGCAGGUGAAGAGAGGUGGACUGCUGUUCCCAAAGAGGACAUGAAGAAGACAUUCAGAGAACUAGGUCUCAGAAACGGAAGCUCGAUUUUAAUUCAGGACUCUAAAAAUGAUAACAGUUUGUUGCCCAAACAAGGGAAACAGAGCCCUAGUGUGAAUGAGAUGGACUGGCUCCAAGUUAAAAAUUUAUGCCAAUUAGAAUCUGAAGAGAAGCAAGUUAAAAUAUCAGCAACUGUUAACACAGUGGUGCUUGAUAUUCGAAUUAAAGCCAUAAAGGAAUUUAAAUUAAUGAAGGAACUAGCUGAGAACAGCUGUUUGAGACCUAUUGAUAGAAAUGGGAAGCUUCUUUGUCCAGUGCCAGACAGUUCUACUUUGAAGGAAGCAGAGUUGAAGAUGGGGAGUUCAUUGGGACUGUGUCUUGGAAAAGCACCCACUUCCUCUCAGCUGUUCCUGUUUUUUGCUAUGGGGAGUAAUGUUCAACCUGGGACAGAGAUGGAAAUCAUAGUAGAAGAAACAACAUCUGUGAGAGAUUGUUUAAAGAUAAUGCUGGAGAAAUCUGGCCUACCAGGAGAUACAUGGCAUUUACGAAAAAUGGAUUGGUGCUUUGAAGCUGGGGAGCCUUUAUAUGAAGAAGAUGCAACACUGAAAGAGCUUAUGAUAUGUUCUGGAGAUACGUUGCUUGUAAUUGAAGGAAAACUUCCUCCCCCGGGUUUCCUGAAGGUGCCUAUCUGGUGGUACCAGCCUUGGGGUCCCUCAGAACACUGGAAGAGUCAUCAGGACCAGACCAACUGUAUGCCUUCCCAAGACAGGGUAUGGAGAGCUGCUUCUACUCAAGGUGCUCCUGGAAACGUGCCCGUGGAAGUUUCUCUCCUCUACUUGGGAGAUGUGGAAAUCUCAGAAGAUGCCGCUCUCGUGGAUCUGAAGUCUCAGGCCAUGACCUUGCCCCUUUUCCCGGAGUUCGCUGCUCCGUCCCCAGCCUUCCUCAGAGCCUGGACAGUGGAGAGCCGGCGCCCGGGCAGGCUUCUGCGGACCGACCGGCAGCCGCUCAAGGAGUAUAAACUAGGACGGAGAAAUGAGAUCUGCUUAGAGCCCCUUCGGAAAGAGGAAAACUUGGGCCCCCAGGACAUGCUGCUGAGGACACAGAUGCGCAUCCCCGGCACGCGGGCCUAUGUCCCGGCCAUGGACUUGGUGUGGGACACCGCCCGAGGCUGGACUGCUGGCUCCCUGCGGCAGCGAGUUGCCGACUUCUGUUCUCUUCCGGUGGAGAAAACUGAAAUUGCCAAAUACUUUCCUGAAAAGUUCGAGUGGCUUCCAAUAUCUAGCUGGAACCAGCAAAUUACCAAGAGGAAAAAGAAGAAAAAGCAAGAUAAUUUACAAGGUGCACCUUAUUACUUGAAAGAUGGAGAUACUAUUGGUAUUAAGCCAAGAAGCCCUUCGUACGCACAGCAGCGAUAUGUUCACCAGUGCAGAGACGCCGGCCCGGCCCAGAAGACCAGAAGCUUCUCUCUCCAUCCACGUUGGGAGUUUCAGAUAGCAGCAGCAGCAGGACAGCUCCGGGGCCGCAGCGCCAGGCUCUGCACUCUUGAUGCAACUGCCCUGUCGACUGUGUGGAAGCGGGUUUUGUCAGUUUGUGGAUUGACUGGUUGGUUGCUUGUGUAGCCUCAGAUCCCAAAUCCUCUGCUUCCUUAUGAGCAAAGGGAAGCCAGGCAAAUGCACUUGACUGCCCAGCUCUGCGACACACCCCAGCCCACAACAGGUGCCAAGCAGCUGCUGAUCUCUCACACCUGCCCCAGCCCCCUUUCACCAGAAAAUGCACUACCUGUGCAGUAACCACAGGCAGGGUGGAGCAUGUUGCCUGAGUCUGAUGGAUCUGCGUAAAAUACACACUGCUCAAUCCCUUUUUCUUACACUGUCCAGAUGACUCUGUGGGCCAUCUGCAGGGUAGUCUGUGUUUUCCAGAUUUCACGUCCCCCAUACCAUUCUGGUCCUCACAUAUUACAUGUCCCCCCGUUGGUCUGAGUUAAAAUUGUGAUUCUGGUGCUGAUAACACCAAGGUCCAGGGUUCAAUCUGAGCUGUGGCCAGCCACCAAGAAAACCAAAAAUGCUGUGAUUCUAUCGUGUUAGCUCCCUUUCCACAAUGAGGAGACAGAUGGGCCAUCCUGCAGUUAAAUGUGCUCUUCUAAAGACAAGAAAGCCCCGGUGUGGCCAGCUCCGCAGCUCCCAGGGCUUGGUCUGACCUGAGAUGUCUGUGAUCAGAACGUUCUCGCUGCUGCCCACAGCACCUCAGCCUGGAGGGAAGCAGUCAUCGCAGACAAGCCCCUCACCACCGUGGGUUUCAUGUUGCCCUGGGCAGCCUGAGUUGAUAUUCCUGACUAGUCUCAGUUAAAACAGAUGUGAAAAAGAAAAUGUAAACUAAGAUUUUUUCCUUCUUAAUUGAACACAGCUAACUACUCAAUGUUAAGGAAUUAGUUGGUAUUUAUAACAAACACAGCAUCUGUGUUACUGAAUUGACUGAUACAGGACGCCAGGGUGGUAGACUUUCUCAAAGCUGAUUUAGUCUAAAGCAGCUUCCUAAAAAGAUGUAACACAUUCUCAACCUGGUUAUCAUCCGGAUUCCACACGACUCCUCAUCAGCCCUUCUGUCAUUGAUAUUAAAACAGAACUGCAGUGUUGAGAUGGGAAGAAAACGACACCGUCUCAGCCUGCACCCUGGCUUAAGGCACGUCAGCUCACGUUGUUGGCUGUGUCACCUUUCCGUAGAGCCAACGAUAAGCCAGUGGCCCUGCUUUUCCUUCUCCAACACUGUCAAAACCACCGUUGAAGAGGAACCUUCAUCCUUCUGUACGACUGUCUGAGAUUCUGUAUUAUAAAUUAUGUCCUCGUUUCUGUUGAAGCACUGGCAUUGUACGAAGCUGGACUUUAACUAGAAGCUGCUUUCUGCUUCUCAAACACUAACUCAGUCUCAGGAGACUUGCACGUGGGGCUUCAGUGGCGCCCGUCUAGAUGUACAUUGAGGGUUUCUGAUACCAAAACCAUAAACAUGAUUAACCGUACGUAGCUGGAGGCCCAGCCCUUCUGCGCAUAAGCCAUUGUUUCUUUCACCGUAACGGGCACAUUUCCUUACUAUGCCCCUUCAUCUCAAGGUAAUAAAAUGUUAAUGUCAUAACUGAAAAGCUUUGCUUUUGAGAAGCCAGAGGCCCCAGUGAGCAUUUCUAAAAGUACCAAGAUGAGGCUGGGACGAUGUGCCCAGAAGUGCCAUCGAGCAGGGUGCCUGCAGCCUGGGCCAGUAUGAACUGCAUUUCUUUCCUUCCUCCCUUUUUCUUUGUUUUCUGUUUUUUUUUUUUUUUUUUUUUUAAUUUGGGGAUAAAUUGAAUGAUGCAGGAAGAAAUCUGUAAGAUUUUGUU